AUGGUCCUCUCCUUCCUGCCUGUCCAAGGCGCGCUCCUGGCCUACCAGUGCCUUGGUGCAGGGCCCUUCCUCCUGGCCAUCCCGGGCGCCAACGGCGACGCCGCCAUCUUCAGCGAGGUAGUCCCCUACCUCAGCCAGGACUUCACCGUGUGCACCUACGACCGGCGCGGGUACAGCAACAGCACCCUUACCGCGCCGGGGGACCUGACCAUGCCACACCGGCUGCAGCGCGACGCCGACGACGCGGCGGCGCUGAUCUCGCACGUGUCAGGUGGCGAGCCGGGCCUGGUGUUUGGCACGAGCAGCGGCGCCAUCGUCGCCCUCGAGCUGCUGCAGCGGCACCCCGGCCUGGUCGACUUCCUCAUCGCCCACGAGCCGCCGCUGGCUUAUGUUUUGGACGGUGCCUGGGCCGCGGAGACUUACUCGGUGUUUGAGGGCAUCUAUCAGACCUUCCUUGCCGACGGCAUCGAUGCUGCUACGCUGGGGUUCCUCGGACCCGGCGCGGCAAAUUCGACGGACGUGGAGACGCAGGCUGCGUAUCACGCUCUGGAGGACCCUGCUAAUAAGGGCAACGCGGAGUUGUUCUUCGGGCAUGAGAUCGCUACGUACACGGCUGUCAAUGAGAGCAUGCCGGCGUUGGUGGGCUUGAAAGACAGGUUUGCUAUGGAUGUAGGCGAGGCGUGCAAUAUCCCUAGCUGUAACAUCAGUGCUAUACUGGCUUCGAAGGUGGGAGUAGAUCUAUAUUUCACGCCUGGCGGACACUUGGGAUAUGUCUCAGAACCAGAGGGCUUUGCCAGGAAAGUAUCGAGCAUAUUUGCUGAGCAUGGCAAAGCCUGA